AUGGAGAAUUCUUACGGAGUUGGUAUUGUGAACCGCUAUGCUCUUUUCUUGGACGAUGAGUCCGAUCCUCUUGAUGCGUUAAAAGCGCGAGAGCAAGCCAAAGAGCUGAAAAAGAAGUCAAAAGAUGCCGAAAAAGAGAAUAAGGGCAAACCUGAAGUCAAACCAAAAGGCGGUACUCCCGCCACCAGGAAAGGAAUUAAGGAAACCCAAAACGUGAAGUCACAAGAUAAUAGGAGCGGUGAGCAACCUAAGAGUAAGGGGCCUGUCAGACCUGCCAAUGAACGAAACGUAGAACGUCCUCCUCCACGUCGUCGCGAAGACCGGCCUCAGAACGGUGCAGUCGACAAUAAAGAAGGAGCACCACGGCCACCUAGGCGCGAGUUUGGCGAUCGCAAACCCAACUAUGAACGACGCAAUUUCAGUGAAAAUCCUGAUGGAGCCGAACGUCGUGGACCGAGACCGCCGCGUGAACCCCGAGAUGGACCGCGCGGGCCGCGUCCAUACGAUAAUCGAGGCAAGCGUGAAUUUGACAGGAGAUCUGGCUCCGACAAGACCGGUGUGAAGCCGGUCGACAAACGUGAAGGUGCCGGACCUCACAACUGGGGCACGAUCAAAGACGAUAUCGACGAACUCAACAAAACCGGUUCAGAAGGUGAGGUGGUCGAGGAGAAAGCUCCCGAUGCGGCCGGCGCUGGCGCCGGUGACGGACAACAGCCGGAGGCCGAGCGCGCGGCGCCCACCGAGGAGGAACCGCGCGAGCUUACACUGGACGAGUACAAGGCGCUUCGAAACGCUCAGCGUAAAUCUCCACAGUACAAUCUGCGAAAGGCCGGCGAGGGCGAGGACCUAAGCCAGUGGAAAAAUCUGGUAAUGCUCGAGCGCAAGAAGGAGGGUGAGCGAGGUGAGGACGAUGACAGCGACGAGGAGUACGAUUUGGCUGACUAUCCGCAACGCGUGGGGCGUCAGAAGCGCGUGCUGGGCAUCGAGUUCACGUUCAACGACACGGCGCGGCGCGGCGGCACGGGAGUGCGCGGACGCGGUCGCGGUCGCGGACGCGGCCGGGCGGUGCCGCGGGAGGAGCCCAGCGAGGAGCGCCUGCCGCUGCGCUCGCAGGUGGCGCCGCCGAAGGUGGACGACAGCAAGGAUUUCCCCUCUCUUGGCUAG